CUUUAACAGAAGCGAAUGUUUUCGAUGGCAACUCAUCAGGCACCUCGGCUAUUCUACGCCGAAUAGCACUGCGUAUAUUCUUUCCUUUCACAUGAUGACCGACGCAAGGGCGGGCGUCGGGAGUAGAUCAAGGCCAGCGCGUCACCUCUCGGCGGCAAUAACACGCCACGCGCAAUAUUGGGUGCAACUCUCUCUGCUUGACAUGUCGGCCCGAGGCGCGGCCGUUUCCAUCGCCAGCAUCAAAUCUUUGACACUAAUGCAGUAUACUUUGGAUCAAAGUUUGUUUGGUGUAAAUCAUGAACCAAACUUUCGAUGGCCCCUUCAUCGUCCCAAGCCUGACCAUGGCCGUGGGGGCGGGCCUCUUCGAGACGACAGGCAGGAGAGUGCGCGGCCAUCUCUUCUACAAAUUCGAUACAGCUUGGGUCAAUAUGGAACGGGAGCAUUUGAUAUUUCAACGCAAUGCAAUCGCCCUGAGGCAGCGAGGCUUCCAAAUUUGAACGCGGUCGUGGGGGUUCUCGAGGUGAUGUGGCAGAGAGGGCGUGUUCUUCUAUUGUCUGCGAAGUAAAGUUCGGCUCGGGUCAACAUUGAAUAGGACCAUUCAAUACACCAACGCAAUGUGGAGGCGCAGGGGGGCAACAAAGAAAUCCGGUACACACCAUAAGUCGCGAGAUAUCUUGCUCGUCGGCGUCGAGCCACAAUGGGAAGAAAUAUAUAACGAGUGUCUCGUGCUGUACAGCAACCUGGACUCGGCUGGUGUGCGAUCAGGCCAUCCCCCCUUCCGCUCGUUUCUUCACAUUGUUUUGUUCUGUUCAAAACCAGGUUGAUCCCUCCUCCACUUUCUCUCUAGGACCGUUGAGGGAACACAAGACUCAUCAUGGUUGCCCUCCAACGCUUCACAUGCCUGCUCUGGGCCCUUGUUGUCGCCGGCGACGACCAACAUCAAGUGCCCCAUCCCUCUGUCCGAUACAUCAUCACGCUGAAGGAAGGCAUCAGCGCCCGCGACGUGGACUCACACAUUGACUGGGCGCAUGGUAUCCACGACAGCACCAUCGGACGCCGCGGCUUCAACCACACGGGCAUCGUGGACAGGAUCGAGCUCGGGGACUCGUUCCACGCCUAUGUGGCUGAGCUCCACCCCGAUGCCGUCGACGCUAUCAAGAACUCCUCCAGCGUUCGGCGCGUCGAAGUCGACUUACCGCUGUCGCCCCGCCGCAUCCGUCGACAGGAGGGGAGCACUUGGGCCCAGAGCUCCAUCUCGCACCACUGCCCGCAUCACCUCACGCACGCGCCAGAGUACUUGUACGACGAGGAGAACGCAGGCCAGGGCGCCUACGUGUACGUCAUCGACAGCAACAUCAACGUGAGGCACAGCGAGUUCGAAGGCCGCGCCAUAGAGGUGUACAACCCCGGCAAGUAUAAUCACAAUCGCCCCCACGGUAGCUGGGUCGCCGGCAUUGUUUGUUCCAAGACGUACGGCGUUGCGAAGAAAGCUAGACUCAUUGCCGUCACGCCCGAACAAAAAGGAGGAGUAGGGGUAGGGGGAGUGGACGAUGCAUUCGCCUCCGGCUUUGUAGCGGCCAUGCAGUUUAUCAUGGAGCACUCAAAGAAGUACAACCUCCUCGGACGCGCAGUCAUAAGCACAUCGCUUGGCACUGCGACAAAAACCUCUCCGGCCAUGGACGCGGCCAUUGAGAUUCUCCACAACUAUGGCCUGCUCUUGGUGAGCGCCGCGGGAAAUGACGGCAAGGACACUCGCCAGACCAGCCCUGGGAGCAGUCCCUACGCUUUAUCCGUCGGCGCCGUCGAUGAAUGCUGGCACAAGGCCGACUUCUCAAGCCACGGGCCGUACGUCUACUUCCACGCGCCCGGCGUGAACAUUGAGUCCCUCUCUCACACCGAGGGCCGGUCACACACGGCCAGCGGUACCUCGGCGGCCGCCCCCAUCGUUGCCGGCCUUGCCGCCAUAGAGCUUGGCCGCAGAGAGUACAAGGACCCCAAGGAACUGGUAAAGACCCUUUUGGAACAUGGUCUAGAGGGCGCGGUGAAGGGGCUGGCGGCCAACGUCCCCAAUACGCUUGCGCACAAUGGCCUCGACAUUGGCAAGUCGACGUGUGAUCCGUUGCCCCGGUUUUGCACGAAGGAGUAUGGCAGAGCUUAAAGGUCGCGUUCACUCAACGAUUGCUGACCCUGCUCGAUCCGUUGGCGAGGGACACGCUAAUCACGUCUACGGCAUUUCCAGAAGUGCCGGGGCACAUGUUUCGAUAGACACGGUAAUUCCUGUUGAUAGAUUGAAUCAUCGAUUCGUUGGUUUCGCAGGGGGACAGUUCGUUGUCGACCCUUGAAGGCCUGGCCCGACACAUCCUUUUAUAGCACUUUGACUUACACAAG